AUGCCUCAACAAACACUUAAGCACUUUAUUGCUGAUUUACGCGAAUUUUUCACAUCGACAAAAAACACUCAACCUCCCGAAAAUAUUCCUGAGCCACAACUAGAUGAAGAAGAUGGCUCGGAGAUGAAACUUUCAAAAUCUGCAUACUUUUUUCAAUUAACAAAAGUCUAUGAUGCAAAGAUUGAAUUCUGGUUGGCCAAAAUGAGAAAGUUUUCGUAUGCCUUUCUCUUGUUGGCAAUCAUUCAUCUUUGUAAGAUUGUAUUUUCGGAUAGCAUUGAUGCAGAAAAUUCUCGAUGGAGUGAUUUGAUGGAAGUGAAUCGGGCUCAAUCAUUCGUACUUUCGAAUUAUCCUCUUGUUGGCUCGAUAUUGGAUUUGAUAUUUGUGAAGGGUCUCAUUAUUAUCAUGUCAUUCACUUUAUGUUAUCAAUACUACAGCAAAACAAAUACAGAAAAUAUGAGACGAUUGAAUGUGAUUUAUUAUGCCACAAAUGUAGACAUAUUCUUUUUCAUGUUGCAUAUGGUGUUCUUUGUGUGGGCUGAAUAUGGAAGAAGCUUCGAAUCUCCACUUCCAAUGCUGUCGAAUCCGUUAUUUAACACUGUACUGUACAUAGGAUGGGUUCUUACUAUAUUACUCUAUACUUGUUUUUGUCACGCAGCUAAAGAACUCUCUCUGAACAUCCUCAUUAAAACAGAACUCAUUCCGCAAACUGAGGAAGAUCAACACAACAAGGAUGUGCUUUAA